AGCUAAGAUCAAAAUUAACCAAAAUCAAAAUCAAAACCGAAUAUAUAUGUCACUACCUAUAUAUCUAGGCAACAAUAAAUAUCAAUUACCAAAAAUGACUCAGCAUCAUAGCAUAUCAGGUCUUGUUGGGAAGCUUGUGGCUGAAUCGGAGGUUAACUGCAGUGCUGACAAAUACUACGAAAUGUUUAAGCAACAUGAAGGCAUUCCUCCUGCAAUCCCACAUAUUUAUACUGGUGUCAAUGUUAUUGAAGGACAUGGAACUACUUCGGGUUGUAUCAUCCAAUGGAACUACAUUGUUGAGAGUAAAAACGAAUUUGUCCACACAAAAAUUACAUACGAUGAUGAAACAAGGACUAUCCGUUACGAUGUCUUAGAAGGACAGGCAAUGGAGAAAUACAAGAACUUUUCUGCAAUUCUUAUAGCUAAGCCAAAGGAUAAUGGACAUGGUAGUAUUGUGAGCUGGACUAUCGAAUAUGAAAAUAUUAACGAGGAUUCUCCAGUUCCAUUUCACUAUCUAGGUUUCUUCCAGUCGAUAAUCAAGGACUUGGACUCUUACAUUUGCGGUUUACAGUAAACUCCCAUCGAUGGUAUACAUCGACCCUUCCCUCUAAUAUUGUUUCUUCGUGUAUGGUGUCUGUGUGAUAAUAAUUAGUAUGUGGAUUUUCCACAAUCUCAAUAAUCUGCAUGCAUGGACACAUGUGUGGUUUGUAGUAAGCCAAAGCCAGUUGAGCGGUUUCUAGUCUCUCCGUAUAAUGUUAAUAAAACCCCUCAUCACGAGGUAUUGUGUAUUGAAUCUGAUGUUGGAAAUUGGAAUUUGUUUGGGUGGUGGAA